AUGAGGACUUCCGAAAAAAAUAUUGUCAUAAAAAACGACGAGGUUCUUCGACUACGGUCAUCCGGAGGUAGAUUCGUCAGCAUCACAGAAACCAAAGCUGCAUCUUCCACUCAAGAUUCUACAACUUUUAUUGUAGCUGCAACUGAAGAACAGCAACCUUCAACAAAUAUCGAGUUCCAUGAAGUAGAUCCUUUUGAGAAACUCUUUGUAAUCAAGUUCGAAAAAGAAGAUUCAUUCUACAAGGUAGAUGCUUCAGAAAGCAGUGUGACGGCAGCAAAGAUUCCUGAUAAAGAUGCGGCACACUUUACAUACUACGAGCUUGAUCCACCAAAUAAGCCGUAUUUUGUAUUUCCAUGCUUAAACAGAAAGAUUGACAAUCAUGAUGCGUAUUUGAGUUGCGAUGGAGCUGGAAACAUGUCACUUAAACGUUGGAACUUAGCCGGAAAUCGGAGACUUCCUCCUAAGGCGGGUGCAAUGGUCGAUCCAAGCCUAUUAUUCCGCGUGGUCAAGCCAUUGAAUAACGAAUAAGUUUUCAAUAUGG